AUGGCUGCUGGACAACCGACGGCGAUGAUCGCGAACCGGCAGAAUGGGGGCCGGCAGACUCGUGGCAGAAAUCGUGGAGGACAGUGGCAGGGACGUGGCCGUGGUGGAAAUGGUCGCGGACGGGGUGGCUCCCCUCGCUGUCAGAUUUGUCGUUCGCACGGGUAUACCGCCAUUUUUUGCUUCCGGCGAUACACCGAUCAACCCCCACCGCCGCAGGCCAACUUGGCAGUAAGCCAGGACGUCGGACCACCGCAGGACGCCGCGGCAUGGUUUCCCGACACCGGCGCAAGUUCCCAUGCAACUCCCGAUCCCACCAUGAUGUCACACUCCGAGGAUUACUCUGGCAAUGAUGUCCUCCGUGUUGGUAACGGUACAGGUUUGAGUAUUUCUAGUGUAGGUUGUGCAACGAUUCCAUCGGUUUCUAAAUCUCUAAAAGUGUCAAAUCUAUUGCAUGUGCCUAGUUUAUCGGUGUCUUUAUUAUCUGUUAAUCGGUUUGCCACUUACAAUAAUGUCUUUUUUGAGUUUCACCCAACUUACGUUGUUGUGAAGGACUGCAUAACCAAGGGGGUGCUGCUUAAGGGUCCCAGUGUGGGUGGUCUGUACUCCUUAACUGUCCCACGGUCUCACUUGGCGUUUCUGUCAGCUCGGACCACGUCUGCUAUUUGGCAUUGUCGUCUAGGCCACCCGCAUGCUCGUGUCCUCCAACAUGCGCUCAAGUCCUGUCCAGUUACAUCACACAAAUCUGGUCCACCAGGUCUUUGCUCGGCAUGUCAGUUGGGCAAAUCUAGUCGCCUUCCUUUAGCUAGAAUAAAUUACACUAGUCAUGCUGUUUUAGAUCUAGUGUACUCAAACAUUUGGGGUCCUGCCCCCGUUAUUUCUGCUGAUGAAUCUGGUUCGCAGGCACACAUGCAAGGUCCUAUAUUGGACAAACCAUGGGGGUCCAGUCCAAUUGUGCCAAAUAUUGGGCAUGUACCUCCUUUGGCAUCCGUCCCAGUUGUUGCGCCUCAAGCUGUUUCACGUGCUCGAGCACCUAAACGACGCAGGGUGGUAGCUCCCACAGCCCAAGGUCAUGUAAUGCGUCUACGCCGCAUGACGCGAGGGACUGAUGAGCAAUUCCAUGCUCUCAUCACGCACACCGCUGCUACCGAUCCUACCUGUUAUACCCAGGUUGUGGUCCAUCCUCAAUGGCGGGAUGCUAUGGACCAGGAGUUUAAUGCUUUGCUCCACAACAAAUUUUGGGAUCUUGUUCCUGCUAAACCCGGCAUGAAUGUUAUUGGUUGUAAGUGGGUAUACCGCACCAAGAGGAAAGCUGAUGGGUCCAUUGACCGCUAUAAAGCCCGUCUAGUGGCCAAGGGCUUUAACCAGACUGUGCGACAAUUAGAUGUCCACAAUGCCUUCUUGAAUGGGCGCUUGGCUGAAACUGUCUACAUGCGGCAGCCACCAGGAUAUGAAGAGCCUGCUCAUCCUGAUCAUGUCUGUCACCUCCGCCGUUCUUUGUAUGGCUUGAAACAGGCACCACGUGCCUGGUUCAAGCGUCUUCAUGAUUUUUUGCUUAGUGUAGGAUUCUCAGCAUCACGGACCGAUGUCUCUCUUUUUUACUACUCCGCUGCUGUAUUCAAAAUCCGGGAUCCGGGCAAACCGACUUUCUUUCUCGGCAUUGAAACUCUAUUUGUGGACGGGAAUCUAUUGCUUUCUCAACGACGGUACAUGGGUGAUCUCCUUAACCGUGCAGGUAUGGUUGACUGCAAGCCACUUUCCACUCCCGCUUCUACAACAAAGGCCGUUACUCCGUCUGAUGAGGUGUAUGACAAUCCCACUCAAUAUCGGCGUUUGGCGGGUGCUUUGCAAUAUCUCACUAUUACACGCCCCGAUCUUUUCUAUGCGGUCAACAAGCUAUGUCAGUUUAUGCAUGCACCCACAGUUGAACAUUGGGGUCUUUUGAAACGUGUAUUACGCUACGUUAAAGGCACCUUACAUUACGGACUGCGUUUUUCACGUUCGUCCUCUUCUGCUAUUCAUGCCUACUCCGACUCCGACUGGGCGGGGUGUCCCGUUGAUCGCAAAUCCACUAACAGCUAUGCUGUUUUUCUCGGUGACAAUUUAGUUUCCUGGGUCUCCCGCAAGCAACGCACCGUUACUCACUCAUCUACUGAGGCCGAAUACAAAGGGCUUACCGAUGUAGCCGCUGAAGUUACCUGGGUUGUCUCUCUCCUUCGUGAGCUACACCUUGCAUCCAGUCGCCCCACCGACUCUUUGGUGUGA